AUGCACGAGACACCCGUGUCAAAUAUCGGGGGCAUCGCGGACGCCCUGAUCGGCGAACCAGGGUCCGGUCUGGACCUGGAGCGACGGAAGAGAGUGAACAGCACUGCCGCGUUGUCGAUCGUCCAACUGCUCAGGGAACUGUCUCAGGCAGGCCAGACUGUGCUGUGCACCAUUCACCAACCGUCCACUGAACUGAUGAAUCUGUUCGACAGCCUGCUGCUACUGGCUCCUGGAGGGAGAAGCGUCUACGCCGGGCCUCUGGGCCACAAUUGCGGCACGGCCGUUGAGUAUUUCGCUAGGGCGACGACCGCCUUCCGGAAAAUGUCAAUCCAGCCGAAUACUUCCUCGCCGAGUCGAUCCGCUCCGAUAUCGAUUGGUCCAGGGUACGCAUCUUUCUCUACGCGCAUGUUCUUUCUUGUCUGGCACGAAUCGCCCGAGCACGAGAAACUUCUUCAAGAUCUCGAGAGCGACGCGUCCGGCGCGCAGCAAACGGUCGGCGACCCAGAAACGGAAAUAGACACCACCAACUCGUACGCGGCAGGCACGAUAGAGCAGAUCCGGACGACGACGCACCGGGCGUUUCUGAACUACUGGCGGGACCCGGAAUACGUGCUGUCCAAGGUGCAGCUGAACAUGUGGAUGGCGAUGAUGAACGGCCUAACAUUCCUGCAGCUGUCACGCAGCCUGACGGACUCGCGCAACCGGAUCUUCUCCAUCUUCGUCGGCGUCAUCACGGGCCCCGUAUUGAGCCUGUCGAUCGAGCCGCGCUUCAUUAUCCUGCGCGACCAGUUCCUGGCGCGCGAGCACGACACCCGACUAUACAGCUGGGCCGUGUUCGUGGUGAGCGCCGUCGUCGUGGAACUGCCCUACACGCUACUGGGCGGCCUCAUCUAUUGGGUUUUGUGGUACUACAUGGUCGGCUACUUCCACUUCCACUUCCACGCCGCCUACUCGUUUGCCAUGUACGAGCUGUACUCGCUGUUCGUGACCAGUCUGGCGCAGCUGAUUGCCGUCUUCCCGACCGUCGGCGCCGCGCACAUUGCCACCGCCUUCGUCUGGCUCAUGGUCAACACCUUCAACGGGCCGCUGUUGCCGCCGCCCCUGACCCCGCGCGGCUGGCGCUGGUUCUACAACGUCUCCCCGCUGUUCUACUAUGUCGAGGGCAUGGCCGUCGAUGUCAUGCACCGUCUCCCCAUCCACUGCUCUGCCGAGGAGACCGUCACUUUCUUCCUCCCAGACAGUGGUGGUGGUGGUGGUGGUGGUGGUGGUGGUGGUGGUCUCACCUGUGAGGACUACGCACACUCAUUCCUCGCCUCCUCGGCCUCGACGGGAUAUCUGCUCGACACUGACUCCACGGGUCCGGGCUGCCAGUACUGUCAUUAUACAAACGGUGAUCUCUAUAUUCAACAGUACGAUUUCUUCAACAGGCAUAAAGGAAGGAAUGUCGGCAUCUUCAUUGCCUUCAUCGUCUUCAUGUACGCCAUGGCCUUUUGCGCCACUUAUCUGAUCCAUGUCAAGAAGUGGAACUGGAGGAGGCGAGCACAAAGUUGA